AUGAGCAAUCAGAGGGCAAGCACUUCCGACGAGAGCUUCCAUGAAACCAAAGACCUCGAAGCAGCCAAAUCUACAACCCUAACUGAGCCCUCUCUCAAUGCCGAUGUUAAUAGAGACCCGGAUCUCAUCACAUGGAGCGGACCAGAUGAUCCAGAGAACCCAAAGAACUGGCCUAAGGGUUUAAAGUGGAAGAAUACAUGGGUCAUCUCCCUUUUCGUCUUCAUCUCACCAGUCUCGUCAUCCAUGAUUGCCCCCGCCAUGCAAGAUCUUGGCAAGUCCCUGAAAAUGCACUCCGAUCUUGAGGUAUACAUGUCCAUGGCCAUUUUCAUCCUCGCCUACUCCGUUGGCCCCAUCUUCUUCGGUCCAGCUUCAGAGCUGCACGGCCGUGUACGUCUGCUCCAGGUUAGCAACCUGUGGUACCUAGCCUGGAAUUUAGGAUGCGGUUUCGCCCAGACAAAGUCCCAACUCUUUGCUUUCCGCUUUCUUGCGGGCAUUGGCGGCAGUGCCCCGCUCGCAAUUGGAGGAGGUGCCAUUAGCGAUAUGUGGAGCGCCGAAGAACGUGGCAAGGCCAUGGGCGUCUACACCCUUGGACCGCUCCUCGGACCUGUCAUUGGACCCAUUGCCGGUGGCUUUAUUGCCCAGUACUCGACAUGGCGCUGGGUCUUCUGGGCAACCUCUGCCACUGCCGCUGUGGUCCAGGUUGCCGGGUUUAUCUGGAUGCGUGAGUGUCAUCCGGCUACAUUGCUGCGCAAGAGACGCGACAUUCUCAUCCAGGAGACGGGUAACAACAAUCUACAUACCGACGAGAAGGAACAAACGCUUGUCUAUAGGCUUCUGCAUGCCUUCGAGCGACCGGUACUUCUCUUUACAACGCAGCCUAUCAUCUUCUGCAUGGCCAUCUACAUGGCCUACCUCUUCGGCGUAACGUACCUCUUAUGUGCGACGUUCCCCGUCAUCUGGACAGAGGUCUACAACGAGAGUCCCAGCAUUGGCGGACUCAACUACAUCUCCAUUGCCAUUGGGUCAUUUGCUGGCCUCAUCUUCAACCUUAAGCUUGUCGACCGAAUCUAUAAAAUGCUUAAGGCGCGAAACAACGACAUCGGCAAGCCCGAGUACCGCAUGCCGUCGUUAGCAGUGGGCUCUGUCAUUAGCACUAUUGGUCUCUUUUGGUACGCUUGGAGUAUUGGGAAUACACACUGGAUCAUGCCCAACAUCGGGGUGCUGAUCUUCAGCGCCGGCACGAUCUCUUGUCUGCAGGGCAUGCAGACGUACAUCGUUGACAGCUACGAAACCUAUGCGGCUAGUGCUAUGGCGGCCUGCGCUAUCUUGCGCAGUUUGUGUGGCUUCGGAUUCCCGCUCUUCGCUCCGUAUAUGUAUUCUUCGCUCGGCUAUGGUUGGGGCACGAGUGUGUUGGCCUUCGUCACCAUGGCUAUUGGCUGGUCGGCACCUUUUGCGUUCUAUUUCUUUGGGCCCAAGCUCCGUGCCAUUUCCAGAUACGCCUCUGGUUGA